AUGUCGCUCAUUACCCCUAGCUCGCGUCCCAAGGGACCUUUCAAAGGCGGCGCCCGUAGGAAUGACAACAACAGAAUAUACGCAAACCCUCUUCCUCUCCUUUUCAUUGAGCCACCCCGUUCGCGAGUCACCUCAAUCUUAGGAUUGCUCGGCCUCUCCCUAACCCACAUCGAAAAUCCUCAUUGUGAAGGAGUCUUCGAUCCCACCACGCGCUCAGUAUGGGUAUCCAACAUUGACCACUCUAUGCUUCUUUGGAGAAGAGGUUUCUUUGGCAAAGGUGAUCUAUCGCGUAGCGAACCAAGCUGGCUCGCGCGACAAUUAAAUAACAGAAAAAUGGGUGGAAAACAAUUAACUUCGGAAGAAAUCACGGCCCGCCGAAGAGCAGAACGUAAACAGUUCAAACUUGAUCGCGCUGCUGCAAUCGCAGCUGUUCAUGAAGAAGCUGAAGUGAUUUUCGAGACUGAGGGAAAGGUUAUCAGACCCGCACUUUCUGGUCCUGCCAUCCCAUCCGCUGCAACAUGGAAACCUGCUCCGAAACCAGAAGAACCUCCAGCUACUCCUCUCAUAGAGGACGAGGAGCUGGAAGAAGAACCUAUAGAAGACGUUGAACAUCUUCAGCUGACCCUCCAAGAAGCCUUCCUCCUCCUCUGGAACCUCGACUGUCUAACAGUUCUUGACCCACAGUCUAUGACCCCAAUGUCACUCAAACAGAUAUGGAUCGCAUUCCAAGUAGCCCAUCUUCCACCCCGACUUCCUUCGCAGCCAACGCAAAAACCUCAGCUACAAUACGACAACCCCUUCCUCAUCAACUUUGUUGUUUACCACCACUACCGAUCCCUCGGAUGGGUGGUGAAAGGCGGGAUCAAAUUUUGCGUCGACUACCUCCUGUAUAAGAGAGGACCAGUAUUUCACCACGCCGAAUUCGCACUUGUCGUUAUCCCAGUAUACGAAGAUCCAGAGGAUCAGCAAGUGUCCGUAACUAAUCUUCAAAACGCUUCCCCGUUUGCCUGGUCAUGGCUAAGCACCAUUAAUCGUGUUAACUCUCAAGUUCAAAAGACUCUCAUCCUCGUUUACGUCACAAUUCCAGCCCGUUCAAGACUGCCAGAAAGCAUUCUGGAGUCUCCUGCGUGUCUAGCACACUACUCAGUCAGAGAAGUCAUUCUACGGCGGUUCAUUCCAGCACGUAUGCGUGAUUGAUAUUGGGACUUGCACAUGCUCUAUUUGCAUUAUUGGCGUAUAGUGACUUUUUUGUGGGGCGAAAGCAAUCCUGAUUAUUGUUUCUCAUACAAUUCACAUAACAUUGUACACUACCCUCUGCCACC